AUCAGUACGUCAAGGCAAGGAACUGAGGUUCGUUCUUAUUCAUGAAUUCGGGGUUCAUUGCGCAGAAAGUGUGAAGACGUAGUCGCAGAUGGGACAUUAUUAUCAAACCUGACAUGGAAACGGGUAUCGAGGGUGUGGACUGGAUUAAGCUGGCUCUGGGCAGGAACCAAUUGCGGUCUCGUCUCAGUCCAGCACUUCUGCUUUGUAUUCAAGAGGACCUGUGUUCGAAUUUCGGCCCAGAAUAAUACUUUUAAAUAGGCCACAGAGUUACAUCACUAUUAGUUUAGACUGAAUGUUACGAAACAAAUUUUGCACCAGACCUAAUAUUAAUUUGUUCAAAGUCGCCGGUAAUUUUGUGUUAAUUUUAUUUUUUAAUUAAUUGUUUGCAAGAGAAGGUUCGAAGGUAGCAAAUCUGUGCAGGAAGGCGGUCGACAGUGUAGAUGGGCUUCUUUUACAUGCACUGGAAAAGUAAUAAGAAGUUAACAUCGGGAAAAGUAGCGUUCGAAACGUCGGACUCUUUGGAAAAGCACCAAUGCUCCAAAAGAAACAUUCACUGACCGGGACUUGUUUUUCUCGUUCUUCGUCGCGUUAUGUGUGUGGCGUCGCAAGGAGAAUGCAGACGCUACUCGACGGAGCACCUCAGGAUGUCGUAAUUAAUAUCCAGGUUCCCGUUCUGUCCUCCAGUAUUUUUAUAUCUUCCCUAAAAACUGCUUAUUUAAUGAAAUCGAAUUCCAACAUUGUUCCUCCUACGGCGCCCAUUUAUUGGUGGGAUAAACGACGCCUCUCCGCCUCUCUACCAAUAGCAGGGGGUGUUAUGGGCGGGGCGAGACUGUACACCCCCGUGUAAAGGGUAUGCGACCCUUCAGAACGACGCUGAUUGUCGUAAUGGCUGGUCCGUUUCUAUCUCCUCUUCCAGGGGACCUUCUCUCCGAGUACAUGUUCGGACGCCGGCGUCAGCGUCGAAAUAGGACGACUUUCACCCCUCAACAGUUGCAGGAACUGGAGUCGCUGUUCCAGAAGACGCAUUAUCCUGACGUAUUUCUGCGCGAGGAAGUGGCACUUCGGAUCAACCUGUCAGAAGCACGAGUUCAGGUGUGGUUCCAGAACAGGCGAGCCAAGUGGAGGAAGCAGGCAAGGUUGCAGCUCUUGCAGGAUGCGUGGAGGAUGCGUUGCCUUGGCCUCGGCACACCGCCACUGCUUCUAGGUCGGGCAUCACACCCGGGACUUCCUCAACAGGAUCCUGAUUCUGCUUCUGCCAGUUUGAAAAUGUCGGCCGCUUGCAGUGACGGCUUCAGGAUGAUACACGGGUUGCAGCUAUGCGACAAGCAGCUUCCGACUGCUGCACAGUUCGGCCCACCAGUGUCGGGCAAAAUGUGCUCUUGCACCGUCGCGGGAAUCGGGUCCCUGCCACCCGACAUGGUGACCGCCGCGACGGUGGGCACCCGCAGUGCCAGCCCCGCCUCCCCCGCUAACAGCAGCCCCAACAGCCCCGGAGGCAGAUGCGACUCCACACCGGGAGCCUCAGUACCGGAGGACCUGCGCGACGCAUCUCGAUCAGAACAAGGCACUAGCACGGACUCUUCCGUGGACAAAGAUUGCAAAAGCAGCACCGACACGUAGAUUUGAGCUUCGUGCCUAGACCUCCUAAUUAUUGGUUUACUUACGGAAAGUGAGACGGGGUUCAACAAACCCGCACAAAAGAGGGUAUUUGGUUGAAAUAACUUUACGAUCCCUUAGACGGUUGCAGUUUAAAGCUGGCUCUUAAAAGACGACACAUUCUGAGAGUCGAAUUUUAAUAUCAUAAUUUAGUCUUUGCGAAAAGUGUUCGUAUUCUGGAGGACUCAGGUUCGACUCGUGGCUUGAAGGUGUUUAGUGUUUUUCCAUGGCUCCAUUCAGAAUAUUCUGUGGCGAUUUGAUGUCUUCCCCAUCUCAUAAUUAAUCAUGCUAUAAAGUCACAGUGCAAUUUAUUAAUUUGAUAUCGUAUUGUUAAAUAAAAUGUGACAGUACCUGAUUUAUUUUCCUUUAUGUCAAACCUCAAACGAAAUUGAAUUGUAUUCGUUGAUAUUUUGAGCGGAAACGCGUAUAAGAAACUGCAUACAUAUUUUAUUUACCGCACUGGGUACUUAUGAAAUGCAUAACGUCGUUCUGUUAUCUGUAGUUAACACAAUUAGCUGAUUACAAUGGCUGUACGGUCACGUCUUCCAUUGUCUUAAGCUUAAAACAGAACUAAAUAUUUAAAGCACUUUCAUUUGAUUCUGAAUAUGAUUCUCCUAGCAUUUGCCGUCUUAUGUUAUAAAUGUAGAAUGUGAUCGUGCGUAUUUGAAACUGGUUUUUAAGGGCAGUGUUAUCGUGAUCUUUGCACAUGAACAUAUGAGAUUUGAAUUGUUAUGUUAAACCGAAGUAUUUGGGGAAUGUUUGCUGCCAUGUUGUUCAGAAUGUUUUGUCUUCCCUUCUGCUAUCUUUGAAUGUAAAGAUUAAAAUAUACAGAACUAUGAAUGUU